AUGGACGUCAUCGAACAUGAUACCCCGAGCAAUCGGCGUGGUGUCUUUGCGACUUCUUCUUUGCGUUUACCGCUACCUCCUGAUAUCGACCCUCUCAUGACUCUCGCUCUACCAGAUCAAGUUCCCAAUAUCUAUCGAUUCUGUUGGAUGGGCAUCCGAUCGGACAUCGACAAGGAAGUCGAUUUUGCUCUUCAUCAUCUUAUCGUCAUUUCUGAUGAACGAGGAGAUAAACUCAAGUUUAGUGACUUUAACAUGUUAGCUGAGUCCCUUGUUAAGCAAGUUUUAAAGGUGUCUCUUCUCGUCUACGGUAAGCAAUGGGUCAUCGAGCUUGAUCACCCAAAUAAUGUCUCCUCCAAAAAUCUCAAUAUCAUCUUCGCUUUGACUGGCACACCUGAUCUUCUACAUCGUAUCCAAUCCAAGAAAGUCUGCCUUGACGAUACCAACCUCGAAGAUGAGUCGUUCCGGAUUAGACUCCAGCGUGUCAACCAGGCAGCCCUCAUUAUCCGAAACAUGUGCCUGCUUGAGGAAAAUGCCCGCUGGUUUGCCGAAGAGCCGCUGCUAAGAGACUGCGCAACCAUCAUACUCAAUCUUCCCUGCCAGGACAGGUUCAUAGAACUCAAGAACUAUUUUUUGGAAAUCAUCGAACAAACUUGUCCCUUCUGGGACAUUUGGGACCAAGACCCGUUAUACCAGACACUUAUCAAGCUGAUAAGCAGUGAAGACCGAUUUCAACUCUUGACCGGGUUAAAAUGUCUCUCUCUGUUCGCCAUUGAGCGCAUCGAAUCCAAGAUCAUCGAUAGGAUCCCGAGCCAGACUAUUGAACAGGUCAUCCGGCUCACACUUCUCAAGCAAGAUCCCGAACUUCUUUAUGUCGCCCUUGAUUUCCUAUAUCAGUUCUCCCGUUACCAACUCAAUGUGCAGCAGCUUGUCGCAGACUUCAAUCUUCCAGUUGACCUUAUACCUCACCUUGUCCAUCUCUUGGAUUACGGCAGCGUGGUCCGCAACAAGGAAAUCAUUGAUCAAGCUGAGCGCAAGGCCCCGCCUUCCAACCAAAUCCCUGUUCCACACCAAGAUCUUUAUCGUGACCUCGUUAAGCACUCCGAACCCGAACGUUGCAGCCUCUGGCUCAAAUGCUGUUUUGUCGAAGAUCCAGAAUGUGAAAUUACUCAAUUGGCAAUCUGGCAGGCCUACCAAGCGUGCUUCUCCCAAAACCGUAUCCCAGGUGUCCAAUCAGCUGAUACCCUCCAAGCCACUGAGUUCAUCAGCACAGUUAGCAAUACCUUUUCCUCUGCUCAGGCUAAAGUUGUUGAAGGCCCCUCUGCUCGGUUCAUUAUCCGUGGCAUCCGCCCCCUUGAAACCACCUACAACCUGGACGGGUUCCCAAGUCUUCACUGCCUCUGGGGCAAACAAGGAGAGAUCAGAUGUGAUCAUGUAUUCAUCGAUCCUGCUAUUUUGCGCAACCAUGUGUUCCAAGAUCACCUUCAACUUAGCCCCUUGGCCUCAGGCGGAUGGGAUCUACAGCCGCAGCCUUCAAACCCUCGCGCAUGUCACUGGGAUUUCUGUUCAGAAUACCUAGCUCCCACGCCAAAUAUUGCACAGAUAGCUGGGCACGUCUCCGCUCACCUUCCCCCACUUAGAGACAUGAGCAAGCCACCACCCGUUCCCCCCCGAGCCAUCAUCCAGCCGAAAUGCGCGCGACUCUUCAAGCUUUAUCCCACGCCUGUCGACGAACACGGCGAACCUUAUGGAAUUGCAUACAAGGCAUUGCUUGUGAUGAGAUACAUUCUUAUUGGACUUCCAUCCACACCAUCUGGCAAUCGAUAUAACAACUUGCCAUGGCGAAAGGUAGUCUUUGGAUCGCAACGCUCACAUCUGAUUGAAGCAGCAACCGAGAAUCCCAGUUUAACCAAGGAGAUAUUUGCAUUCCUAAACGAGCUCGACUCCUCUUCUUAA